UACAUUAUGAAAUUACCAUGUUAUAAUGAAGAGUAAAUAUUGCCCCAGCAAAAUGACUUUCUGACCCCCACUCGUUACACCUAACUGAUAACAAAGUUAUGUUCAAACCUUAUCAACAGUGUCUCUAAGUAGCCCGUACAGUGUAGUGAUUUCUGACAACACACUCCAAGAUGACUACAAAAAACAUAUCAAGAAUCCUCUUCGCCCCUAAGCUAUUUACGCACAACGUGCCAGCUGCAACUCAAAUCCGACUAUCCAGCCAUGGACACAAGAAAGCAGUCAAGACGCCGCUAUACGACUUGCACUUGAAAUACGGUGGUAAAGUGGUGGACUUCGCCGGUUUCCUUCUCCCGGUGCAGUAUUCUGAUCUUGGGGUUUCUGCAUCGCAUGUCCACACGCGGUCUAGCGCGUCCAUCUUCGAUGUCUCCCACAUGCUACAGACCAGGGUGCGGGGGAAGGACUGCAUCGCUUGGUUCGAGUCCAUCUGCCCCGUAGACCUGAAGAACAUGCCGGACGGGUCCAGCUCUCUCACCGUCUUCUUAAACGAGAAAGGAGGCAUCAUCGACGAUUUAAUCGUGACGAGGGUCAACUCCGAAGCCUUGUAUAUCGUCUCGAACGCAGGACGCUUGGAUGUCGACAAGCAGCAUAUGAAGGAAACCUCUGAAAGGUUCAAGAAAGGCGGCAAGGACGUCGACGUGGAAUUCUGGGACUGUAGCGAGCGCGCGCUGAUCGCUUUGCAAGGGCCGAAAGGGGUGGCCAGUCUGCAGGGCUUGACUGAUAUAGAUUUGAAGGAGCAGUGGUUCAUGACGUCACGCGUCGGUUCCGUGGCCGGAGUGAAGGACUGUCGGGUGACGCGCUGCGGCUACACUGGAGAAGAUGGCGUCGAGAUCUCCAUUCCUGCUGAUAAAGCUGAACAUGUAACUGAAGCUCUACUUCAAUCUCCUGAUGUUAAACUGGCAGGUUUGGGCGCAAGGGAUUCGCUGCGUUUAGAAGCUGGGUUGUGCCUGUACGGGAACGACAUCGAUGAGGCAGUCACGCCAGUCGAAGCCGCUCUGACGUGGCUCGUUGCUAAGAGACGGCGCGGAGAAGCCAACUUCCCGGGAGCUGACAUCAUUUUGCGGCAAAUCAAGGAGGGAGUGGCCAAGAGACGGGUUGGCAUCCGCAUUGAAAAUGGAGCACCAGCGAGGAAGGAUGCUGUUCUUAAAGACGCGAAGACAGCUGAGGUGAUUGGACAAGUGACCAGCGGAUGCCCGAGUCCGUCUUUAGGUGGCAACGUGGGUAUGGGGUAUGUGGCGGAGAAACUCAAGAAAGUAGGCACGGAGUUGCUAGUCAACAUACGGGGCAAAGAUGUACCAUGCACUGUAGCUAAAAUGCCGUUCGUCCCCGCUAAAUACUAUGUAAAGAAGUGAAAAAAUAGAGUUGUCUAAAAA